GAAUGAUGUCCUACUCAGUUGAUUGAAAUGACAGCAAAUAAAAAGAUUGUGUUUUUUUCAUUUUGUUUCGUUGGUUGUAUUUACCAAUUAGUGACAGUGAGUUAUGAAUUUUUUCAAUUCAAGGUACGAACUGAGAUUACCUUUGAAUAUCCGAAGGAGAUUGAAAUUCCCGACAUCGAUAUACAAAUACCGAUAGUUAAUCUGCUGAACAUGAGUGCAGUUUACAUGAGAUACCCAAAAGAAAUGGUAAAAAUCUGUAAAGAUCUCGUUGAUUUAGAUCUGAAUGAAAACAUCAACUCUAUUCAUAAAUUCAGCAAUUAUUGUUCAUCUUUAAAUCAAUUGCCAAAUUUAUCAUCCGGUAAAAUAAUGCCCAUUUUGACUAUUGGUGACAUCCAACAAUUAACUAUAGAUCCAAGGAACAUGAUUAUUGCUAUUGAUAACUUUUUCUUGAACAUGGAUUUACUUAAGGAAGGAUUUUGUGAAGUGGCUCGAUAUCAUAAUCAAGUUUUCGUUCACAUGAGAAUCUCUUGUCGUCAGAAUUCAAAUCCAAUUGUUAUGAAGAUUCCGAAAAGUGGACAUGGUGAUUAUCACCUACUACGAGUUUCUCUGAGAAUUCCAACUGCUUUUAAGCUUCGUCUCUCAAAAGCAAACAGUUCUUUGGCCAAUUAUCCUUAUAACUAUAAUAUGAUUGAUCCACAAUCUAAAAUGUUCAAAGUCGUAGUGAUCAAGUUUCGACGUCUAUUAAGCUAUUCGUUACCAUGGCCUUAUGAAACAUCGUGUAGGCAUUAUGAUGAAUCUGUGUUUCUCUUGGAUUGUAUCAAUCGACGAUCUCUUCAAAUAGAUAAUCAAAUAAUUCACAGUCAAUCAACAAUUCCAUUCAAUGAACACCAAUCUCAGGUUAAGUUUGGUGAUACACACAAAUUGAAAAAGUGUUUCGAUGAAUGUUCAGCAUUAAUUAAACAACCCGAAUGUGAAUCGACAAUCAUUUACUCAGAAGCAGAUGAACACGCUGAGAAUGUGUUGAGUAGUAAAUAUCAAGGGAAAAUGUUCAUCUAUUUGAUAGCACCGAUUGACAUGGACACAAUUUCCCGAGCAUUUCCUCAAAAUACUCUUAUUGAGUAUCUAAUUUAUGUGAGCAGCACCUUAGGCCUCUGGUUUGGAAUCUCAGUUUAUGGUCAACUUACUGACCAUUCAAAUCAAAUAUCAAAAGCUUUCAAGAAACUUAUUCCCUGUUCAUUUGGGCCCAUCAAUCCUAUUAAAGAUACAAUUAUCAAAAUCGAGGCGAACCAAUUGACUUGGUAACAAGGUGCUAAUUAACUAUGGAUUUAUUGAUUUUAAUAUUUACUGAUUUAUAUUUAAUUUGUUCAUAUUCAAUCAAUGUAAAAAUCGUUCAUUUUUCGGUGAAUUAUUAAUUAAUUGUUCAACUUGAUUAAUUAUUAAAAGCAGGUGAAUUUUUAUCAUUGUAUUCAACUUUAAUGUUCACUUAUUAUUAUGAUAUAUAAGUGUAUCAAUAUUAUACGAUAUCAGAGAUCAAUAGUUGACAAUUAAAAAUAAAGACAAUUUGCUACUGUUGAUUAAUUAUGAUUAACUAUGUUGAUCUAAUCAAGAGAAAUUAACGUGAUACAUCAAACGAAAGA